AGAAUUAGAAGCUGAGCUGGAAGAAGAACAUAAACAAUCUGCAGAGGCUACAAAAAACAUCUGCAAAUAUGAGCGGCAUGUCAAAGAGCUCACUCUCCAGAAUGAAGAACACAGGAAGAACAUGAUGAGGUUACAAGAUCUGGUAGAUAAACUGCAGAUGAAAAUCAAAUCCUACAAAAGACAAGCUGAGGAAGCUGAUGAACAAGCCAAUAUUAAUCUCUCCAAAUUGAGAAAAGCACAGCAUAAGAUAGAUGAGGCUGAGGAAAGGGUAGCUAUUGCUGAGAGCCAAGUAAACAAGCUCAGAGCCAAAGCCCGAGAAGGCCCUGCUACAAAGGUGGUGUUAGGAACUGAAAAAUGAGCUUCCUCUGGGAUAACCAGAACUUCCACAAAGUAUCUUUCCAGCUGUGGA